CUUUGUGCAAUGAUCGACCAACGAAUAUGUGGGUCGUUUAGUUUAACGAACUAGUGUUUUAUUACAAAUUGUGUUAAUGAAGUCUAUGAUACUAUUGGUCAUGGCGUAACUGGUAGUGGUAACAGUAGUGUGAGUGGUCUCCGACGGUGCGGUGGUCGACAAUACUUUCACGGCCAUGAAGUUUAUCUGGUGCUGCCUUGCAGCAGCGUUACUAAAUCUUACAAACGCUGCUGUGGAUGUAGAAAAAACAGUACAACAAGUUCAAAGUAUACUUAAAGCAAAUACAUUAUUGCCUAGACUUACACGACAAGAAAUAAUAGACUUGUUAAAUGACAUCAGAGCUGAAGAUGCAAUAGCUAAGACGACAUCAAAAGUCGAAUCAAAUGCAAGCAAAACCACUACUACAAGAACAGCAAAUAAAAAGUUAGGAACAACAACAACAGCGUCUUAUAAAAAUAUUCAUGAAAAUGAAAUCAACACCGCAUCUCAACCAACAAAAUUAUUUUCAAACGUUGCCUUAGAAAAUGAUAGUGCUGUAUCAACAUCAGCUUUUAAAAAUGUGGUGGAAUCGACAACUAAAUCUAGUGGUGCAACUUUAACAGUUGUUUUGCCUUAUACACCUCGUGAUGGAUCUUCAUUACAAGAAUUAUAUACAAAACCUCCGCGACUCCAAGUUGUGCCAGAGCAAGUUACUCCAAAACCUAUAAAAACUACAAAAACAAAAGACGAAAGUUCUCAAGCAGUCAAAAAAGCAAAAACAAAGAACAAACUUGAUUUUGACCUUCCAGCUGAAUUACAAGCAUUUUUAGAUUCUCAUGGAUUGAAAGGUACACCUGGCCAAGAUAAUUUUUUGUUACCAUUGGAAGGUUUUAAGCCUCUGCCACCACCAAAAAUAGUUGACGGUAAUGUUCAAUUACCAGAGAAUUUACUUCUUACUUAUGAUCUAAUAUCACCAUCGGACUUAACUACUCCAAAAAAUAAUAACCAAAAGUUUGCUCAAACUAAUUUUCUUUAUGAACCCCUACGUCCACAAUUUCCAUUUGAACUAGAUACUUCUUCAUCUGAAUCAAAACAUACUGUGCUCCCACUUGAUUUACCAAAACCUAGAAAAACCAAAGCAGUAUCAAAUACUCCAAAACCUAAUUAUGAACCAAUAGAUUACGAAGCCAUUAAAGUUAUUCCUCUAAAUCAGGGCCCUAGUCCAGUUGAAGAUGAUGUAAUUGUUGGUGCUGAUCAAAGUAAAAGACAAGCUAAUGAAACCGACGAAUCAAGCACAACAACCACUUCUACUACUGAAUCAUCCAAUGUUGAUACCGAUUCAAAAAAUUCAGAUAUCAGCCCACCGGAUACAGUACCACCUGAUUCAGAUACAGGUGCAUCAUUCGCAGAUCUUGAAGAUUCUUUUGGAGGAGCAGCACCUGUUGAACCCGGUGACUCAGAGCUCCCGCCUCCAAGGAAAAAUGGCUUUUAUUGGAUGGUGGACUGGAAUAGUUUUCUAGAAGUCGGAGAUGGAGACUCUAAAGUAAAUAUUCGAUUUGAGCCUAAGUUAGGUGAUCCACAAAUGUUCUUACCUGUAAACGUCCCAUAAAAAAAUCAAUAUUAAAAAGACGAUGAGUAGUGUUCUAGUCUAGUGAAGUUUAGUAAAGAUAUAGGUUAAUAAUAUGUAAAAAAGGUUUCCGAAAAUGUUUUUUUAAACACAAUAAAAAUAAAAUAAGUAAAUGCUAUUUAUAAUAUUGAAUAAAAAAAUUGUAACCUCUCUGAGUGAAAGAAAAAAAUCUACAGGUGAUGCAUAAUUUAGAUUAAGGAAUAGUGUUUAUAGUGAAAUGCAUGACAGGAAUGCAAUCAGUCGGGUCGUGAUUGCUGGACCAGAGCAAGCAAAUGAAAGCAAAGGAGCGAAAUCGUUGCGUGUUACGAUACAAUGACUUCAUAUAUUGCCAUUAUUAGC